CAGAGAUCUGACCAAUCCCAGUUCUGCGCACCUCAGAGAGUGCCGCCAUUGAAAUGUGGAGUUUACGCAACUCCUCCAACAGCAUAGGAAGAUAAUCAUCUUGCAGGAGAGACAAGAACUUUCCAUGCACCCACCCAUAUAUGCCGCCUCACAUUGAGACCUGAGUGCUGCCGUGCAGCGGGUGACGCCUCAGCACCACACCAGUUCCGAUCCCCAACAGACCUGACCAUAUUGGCUCUCCAUCAGUUUCGACUCUUCCGGGGAUGGGGCUCCCGAGGGCCUUCCCCCAUUCCCUCAAUGAUGCAGUAGAGCUACUCCCGCGGAGAGCAUAAAGGAGUCCUUUCUGUAGUCUCUGAGCUUUGUGAAGUCUUUUUACUGUGGCUGGAGUGCCAAUCCUGCCACCACCCCCAUGAUUUCCCUGCAAGUUGGAGGACCGCUUGCAGGGCCUGAUGCAGUUUAGCCUCAUACCCAGGACGUACUACUGAUUACUGUUUACUGAUUACUUCAUUCGUUUUUGGUUAAAAAUCUAUUUUAUCAUGAAUUCCAUUGCGAUGAUCAUUUUUUUAUAGUAACGAAUUAAAUGACAAAUAAUAUUCUUUAAUAAGUGAAGUAUCAGUAAUGCAAAUAGUUUAAUUAUAGUUUCCUUUUGUCAAAGGAUACGUAAUUGAGGAGGAUUUAGAGGGGGAACACUUUUUAAGGUGUACAUUGUUAUUUUUAAGCCUAACAAAGAACAAAGAAAAUGCAAUCAGUGAGGACCCCUGGGACUAGUUGCACCUUUCCCAUUGGGAUUAUUAGUUGUCAAGUAGAGCCAAAAAAUGAGUCAUCAUGAACUCAGUAUUCAAGUAAAAAACAACGAUCAAAGUCCUGUGCUUUAUAUUUAGAGCAAUAAAAGGUGUGUUUGUUUCUGUGCAACAAGGAAAAAAGAUCAAAGCAGAAAAUCAACACCAGUAAAUUUUUUUAAGAAUGACUUUUUUUGUUUUCCUUCUUGUUUUUUCCAGAUUCUUAUCAGAAUGAAGGAAAUUCCAGAAUCCCAUAACAAUAAGAUACUUCCAGAAGAAUAUGGGUCAGCUUCUGGGUAUGAGGAUGUGGAAAUCUUAACUCGAGUAAAAAGAAUGGCCACCAUGUCAAAUACAGAGGGUUUUUUACCAGGCACUUCAGGAGGCAGAAGGAAUGAAAAUGAGCAAACGUCAUACCCUGGGACAAGAGAUAAACAGAGACGUAAGAAAAAUAAACAGGAGAACCGAGAUUAUGACGUAACAGAACAAAAUUGCAUCAAAGGACUGCCAGGAGAAAAUGGAAUUCCUGGUGAGAAGGGAGCUCAAGGGGAAAUAGGUGAAAGUGGGCAAAAGGGAGAGCCUGGGAUUGGUUUCAGGGGACCAAUUGGACAAGCAGGACCUCCUGGGAAUAAGGGUGAGCCUGGUGCUCCAGGACCGCCAGGUGCCCAGGGUAUCCAAGGCAUCCGAGGUAAUCCAGGGAUUCCAGGCACACCUGGUAUGAAAGGACCCCCAGGUCCACCUGGACCUCCAGGAGAAGAGGGAGAGCGUGGCAAAAGAGGGAAGAAUGGGUCACCUGGAAGUCCUGGUCUGUCGGGUCUAUCGGGGAAAGAGGGGUCGCAAGGUACACCUGGCACCAAAGGGGAGAAGGGUGAAGCAGGCACUGGUGAACCAGGUGAUCGAGGUGUUAUGGGACUUCCAGGACGUCGGGGAGAAAAGGGUCAACCUGGGUCUCGUGGACCACCUGGACCAAUGGGCCUCAAGGGACUUCCAGGAACAAAAGGCUUGAAGGGAGAUCGAGGGUUGGUAGGAAACAAGGGUGAAAAGGGCAGUGCACUCACCAUCACAGGGCCUCAAGGAUAUAAAGGCAACAAGGGAGAUCCGGGUGAAAGAGGACCUCCUGGGUUUGAUGGAGACAAAGGUGAAAAGGGUGAAGAUGGUCCCCCAGGUGAAAAGGGCCUUAAAGGUGAACCAGGUACCAAGGGUGCAAUGGGACCAUUUGGAGUCAGGGGACCUGCGGGACAAAAGGGUGACCCUGGUGAACCAGGCCUAAAUGGUGAUAUGGGACAGAAAGGGAUAGAUGGAAAGAAUGGAUCUAGAGGUGCCAAAGGAGAGCGGGGCCUGCAGGGCCAGAAAGGCAAUUCCGGUGAAAGAGGAGAAACUGGAUUGGCUGGUGACCCUGGAGAAAAAGGAGAAAAGGGAUUUCGAGGAUUACCUGGCCGCAUGGGAGCUCCUGGACUGGAUGGAAUGAAAGGUGAAAAAGGUUCUCCUGGGGAUCCUGGAAUUCCUGGACUAGAUGGGCCUCCUGGGAUAAAGGGAAUCAUGGGAGACCCAGGAAAGAAUGGAAUUCCCGGAAUGGAUGGAGAGAAGGGAGAUAAGGGUUCCACUGGGUUUGCUGGCUUUCCUGGUUUUAAAGGGUCUACUGGACUACCUGGAAAAGAUUGUGAUGUUGGACCACCAGGACUAAAUGGUCCAAAAGGAGAGCCAGGGCCAAAGGGUGAAAAAGGAAGGCGUGGAAGAGCAAAACCAUGUAAGCGUGGAGAACCUGGUAUCCCUGGGGAAAACGGACAAAAUGGUGAACCUGGUUUAGAGGGCCAGAAAGGAGAAAAAGGAGAUCCGGGACUGACAGUGGAAGAAGUUAAGGAAAUUAUUAAGAAAGAACUAAGUUACAAAUGUGGAAAAGACUUUCUCCUGGUCAUAAACACAAAAGACCCUGAUGAUGAAGACAUUACAGAUAUGGAUAAGAAGACAACUGAAAAUGGUAGUCUGGAUCAAGAUGAAGAACUACCAGAUUACAAUGAUGAAAAUGAGGAUGAGACUAAUGACCUACAACCUGUGGACAUCAGUAAUUUCACAUAUUCAGAAAAUGAACAGAUAAUAGAACCACAACAAAGAAGAAAACGAUUUGCUAAGAGCCAAUUUCCAGAAAUCUGCUCUCAGCCAAGAAAUGAUGGAUUCUGUGUUCAUUACACUCUCCUCUGGUAUUAUCAUCAGAAUUCAAAUAAGUGUCGACCAUUUGUAUAUGGUGGCUGUGGUGGAAACAAUAACAGGUUUACCACUAAGAAAAUAUGUGAAGCUACAUGUAAAAAUCAAAAAAGAGAACUUGUUUCAAGAAGGUGACCCUGAGCUUUCAGAAUGAACAAAAAAUGUUUAACUUCUUUAUAAGUUUAUAUUUUUUAUACAGUGUACAUUUUUAUAUACAGUGUUGAAUGUUUAGCAAGUAUUGACAAAAAUUGCAGUUGCAUAAAUAAAGGCUACAGUAAACACACAGUGUGUAUACCGUCAAAGGAACAUGAGUUUAGAUUCAGUUCGGAGCUGCUAUUUGUGUUUAUUCUUGGUAACAUAUGCUUUUGUGUCUGAAAUGCAAAGAAAAUCAGUUUAAUACACAGGGACUGAAGAAGAACUUUAAAGAUAGCUUGAUUAUACUUAGAAACAAUCCACUAGGUUUGAUCCAUUUAUGCUGUAUUAAAUUGUUUGUAUAUAACUUUAACAGUCUCUGACAUAAUUGUAAAGGUUCACUGAAGAAAACAAAACAUAUGUGAAGUAUGGUCAACAGGGUUCUACUUUUACUUUGCAUAAUAUAGUUCAAUUCUACUUCAUAUGAAAGCAGAGCAGAGUAAUAGCUUCAUUUCUUAUUUUGUCCAUGUUCAUUAAAGAUUAAUGAGAUUAAACUUUUUCUACAAAGCCUUUGUCCCAUUUUGCAUUUAUUUUUAAUAAAGGAAAAAUGAUCUUCUCUGUAAAUAUAAAUGUUUCUGAAUCAGUAGCUAUCUAUGUUUUGAUUAUCUGAACUGAACUUUGAAUACUUAGCACCG